UGCGGGACUGAGCCAAGCGGGCCAGGCUAGGCUGGCGACGCUGCCCGCCGCCAGGCUGGCAAGGGCCGCGGGCGCCGCGCUCGGGGCUCCAGAAGCCGCCGAUGGGAAGCGGCGCUCAAAAGGGCGAGAGACGACGCCGCGGCCAUCGAUAACGCCGCGGCCACCAUGGGGAACAAGCAGACCAUCUUCACUGAAGAGCAGCUGGACAACUACCAGGACUGCACUUUCUUCAAUAAGAAGGACAUCCUCAAGCUCCACGCGCGGUUCUACGAGCUGGCCCCCAACCUCGUCCCGAUGGACUACAGGAAGAGUCCCAUCGUCCAUGUGCCCAUGAGCCUCAUCAUCCAGAUGCCGGAGCUCCGGGAGAAUCCCUUCAAGGAGAGGAUCGUGGAGGCUUUCUCUGAGGAUGGCGAGGGGAAUCUCACCUUCAACGACUUUGUGGACAUGUUCUCUGUGCUCUGUGAGUCGGCACCCCGAGAGCUCAAGGCAAAUUAUGCCUUCAAGAUCUAUGACUUCAACACGGACAAUUUCAUCUGUAAAGAAGACUUAGAGCGGACGCUGGCCCGACUCACUAAGUCAGAGCUGGAUGAGGAUGAGGUAGUGCUUGUAUGUGACAAAGUCAUUGAGGAAGCUGACCUGGACGGUGAUGGCAAGCUGGGCUUUGCUGACUUUGAGGACAUGAUCGCCAAGGCCCCGGAUUUUCUCAGCACUUUCCACAUCCGCAUCUGAGGACACUCCCAAGGCCGCAGGGGCUGAGCCGUCUGCUCUCUGACCUGCUGUCUCUGCAGGUAUGGUUUCCAAUGCUUCACCAAAGGAGCUGUAGCCGCUGGAGUUCUCACCCAUGGACAUUUCCCGUGGCCCUCUCAAGCAAAAACAAAAACCAAAAACCAACCAAACAAACAAAAAAAAACAAAUAAAAAACUUAACAGAAAUGAGGUUGUGAAGAGCAGGACCAUUCUCAGGGCCCCAGUGGGGUUCACCCACAAGAUCAACGGUCCCCCUAGAGGCCCCCUCAGCCGCCCCCUCGCCCAAUCCUUUUCUCACCUAGCAGGAGGGGUGGGGCUGGAUUGUCCACAUGCUGGGCAGACACCCAGUCACCCAGGGCUAAGUGCAAAAAAACAAACGAAACAAAACAAACAGAGCCUGGGGUUUAACGAGCUAUGCAAUCUUUUACUAAAGCCAAGGCUGGGCUGUCCCCCCUGCCUCCCCAUCCCUGUCCUUUCUCAGUGUGAAGCUGUAUAAGCAGUGGGUCCAAAGGGCUCUGCCCCUGUGUCCUGAACACUACCCUGCCCACCCUUCCCAACGACAUGGUGUCACUGCGGUGUGCUGACCUCAGGUUUGUGAAUGCCUAGGAAUAAAACACUUUUGUGUCCUGCA